AUGUCAGAAAACCCUAAUGACACAGCGGGAACCUUCUUGGCGCCUCCGCCGCCUAAGAACAUCAAUGGUUCAAGCUCGGACACUCACGUGGGUGAGAAACUGGGAACAGAAGUCCGGAAGCGCCGUCACACCAUGGAGAAAGACCUCAAGACGGCAGAGCACCGCUUCUUCCGCCGAAGCGUCAUCUGUGACUCCAAUGCCACGGCCCUUGACCUACCCAGCAAAGCCUGCAUCCUCACCUCCCCGCCCGACUGCGAACCACCAGUAUUUCCAGCAGGGCUGGGCCCUGCACCCACUGUGGCGGCUGAGCCUUGCAUUGCCGUGACACCAGUGAUGGUGGUGGAGGAACAGGUUGAGGAUGUAGGUGAUGGUGGCAUGGGCCCGAGGGCUGAUGGGAUAGUGGUGGACCAGAGCGCACCUGCUCAUGAUGUGUCCUUGAGAGAGAAGGAGGGUAAGGUACCUGGGAUGGCAGAUGCAACUUCCAAUGAGUUGGGAGACCAGGAGCUGGAGAGCAGUGCAAUGGAAAAACGUGAGGAGGAGGAAGAGAAAGGUGCAGCGAAGGCCCGAGCAGAGGCAGAACAACGUGAGGCAGAAAAGAAGGUUCAGGAGGAUGAAGAGGUGGAGACCAAGGCUGUGGGCACCUCACCUGAUGGCCGAUUUCUCAAGUUUGACAUUGAGAUUGGACGAGGCUCUUUUAAGACAGUAUACAAAGGCUUGGAUACUGAGACAACUGUAGAAGUUGCAUGGUGUGAACUGCAGGAUCGUAAGCUGUCCCGAUCGGAGCGUCAGCGCUUUAAAGAGGAGGCCGGCAUGCUGAAAGGACUGCAGCAUCCUAACAUCGUGCGUUUCUACGACUCCUGGGAAUCCUCCUUGAAAGGCAGGAAAUGCAUUGUGCUGGUGACCGAACUCAUGACAUCUGGAACCCUCAAAACGUAUCUGAAGCGUUUCAAGGUGAUGAAGAUCAAAGUUCUGCGAAGUUGGUGUCGACAGAUCCUAAAGGGCUUACAUUUCCUUCACACCAGGGCCCCUCCCAUCAUUCACAGGGACCUCAAGUGUGACAACAUCUUCAUCACAGGACCUACUGGGUCCGUUAAGAUCGGUGACCUGGGUCUGGCCACCCUCAAACGCUCAUCGUUUGCCAAGAGUGUCAUAGGUACCCCUGAGUUCAUGGCUCCUGAGAUGUAUGAGGAGAAGUAUGAUGAGUCAGUGGACGUUUACGCCUUUGGGAUGUGCAUGCUGGAGAUGGCCACCUCGGAGUACCCUUACUCCGAAUGUCAGAACCCCGCCCAGAUUUACCGUAGAGUCACCAGCGGAGUGAAACCGGGCAGCUUUGACAAGGUAGCCAUACCUGAGGUGAAAGAAAUCAUCGAAGGAUGUAUCCGUCAGAACAAAGAUGAGAGGUAUGCCAUAAAGGUCCUGCUGAACCAUGCCUUCUUCCAGGAGGACACUGGUGUGCGUGUGGAGCUGGCUGAGGAGGAUGAUGGGGAGAUGAUUGCCAUUAAGCUCUGGCUGCGCAUUGAAGACGUCAAAAAACUCAAGGGCAAAUACAAGGACAACGAAGCCAUCGAGUUUUCCUUUGACCUCAGUAAGGACGUGCCUGAAGAUGUGGCACAGGAAAUGGUUGACUCUGGUUAUGUUUGUGAUGGAGACCAUAAGACUAUGGCCAAGGCCAUCAAAGACCGCGUUGCUUUGAUCUGCCGCAAACGAGAGCAAAGGCAGCAGGUGAGAGAAGAGCAGGAGAAACGAAGGAGGGAGGAAGAGUUACAACAGCAGCAGCAACAACAACAGCAGAUAGCAGAUUCCCAGAAAGCUUCAGGAGCUCCAGCUUCUGUCCCCAGUCAGUGUAGCUCCCAGCCGCCCACCCCCGGACCAGGUCAAACCGAAUCUGAGGAGCCAGAAGUGGACCAGCAUCAGCAGCAGCUGCAGUACCAGCAAGGCACCAUUCCCUUGACAGGUGGGACAGUGGAAAGUGGUCAGGGGUCAUCUGUGUUUUCUGAGUCUCACCUAGGCCAGUUAACCAUGUCCUACAGCUCUGCCGCGGCGCCCCAGCAACCCCCCCAACAACAGCAACAGCAGCCACCACAGCCCUCAUACCCCCCAGUCUCCCAGCCUGCUCCCCAGCACACCGCCUACCCACAGCAGCCCAUGCCGCAGUCAGUCUCACACCCGUACUCCGGAGGGGGCACGGGCUUCCCAGAACCACCGCUCUUUUUCCCCACCAUCCCGGAGCGUCCCGUCUCCUUCUCUCCACCUCCAACUGGACCACCCAAAGGCUUCAAUGUCCAGCGCCGCAAGAGCACCUCCAUUCUAGAGGCACACACACGCCACUUCCAGCCUGCCUACCGCAGUUACGGCAGCAGCUUGCACCCUUUCUCUGGUGUUGAGGCUCUGGGGGCCGGGGUUGAACCGUCCCUAUUCAUAAUGCCGGGUCUGGCCGCCCAAAGGCUAUCAGAACCGAUACACCCACAGGCUCCUUCAGAUCAGCUAUAUGGAUAUAAGGACGUACGUGCAGAGCAGGAGGAAGCUGUGCGUAGACUGAGUCUCAACCAGGCAGCCCUGCUGGACCACUUUGAGGCCAUGGCAUAUGGCGGCUACCCUAUGACUGCCCAUCAGCUCAGUCAGAUCAGCUACCAUCAUCAGAUGCAGGCCGCGGCUGCAGCUGGUCUUGCCUUCGAGUCGCCGCAGCCCACUGCGGCCUUCCUGCACCCCCAUUUACCCAUGCGCCUGACGCACAGCCCCAUCCCACAGCUGCCGCCCAUGAGCAUGUCCGGACCAGCGUCUGUGGCCCCUCCUCUUCCUGCUGCUGCUGCAGCAGCUGACUCCUGCUAUCAGUCUCAUUCUUUCCCCCAGUCAGCACCUCCGGUGCUGGCCCAUGUAGGAGAACCCAGUGGUUCAUUUGAUUUCCAUGUCCAGAACCUCCAAACAGACCCAGCCAUGCUGGCGUCUAGACUCUACCGGACCCGUCGUGGCUCUAUGGACCUGGCUCUGGAAGAAGGUUCUGGAACCGUGGGGCUGUGUGGACGGCUUCAGCCCGUCACUGAGGAGCUGUGUUGCUACGUGAGCCCAGAGCUACCCUUGCCACCAGGAAGCCUUCUACUACACGGGCAAAAGGACAACAGCCCGGAACCUUCCAGCGACUCUAUUGCCUCCUCUGAUGCUGGGGAAUUCCACUCGCCUCCGCCUCACCCAGUACACCUCCAAAUGGAGGCAUCAGCUGCCCAGUCCAUUCCACACACAAACUACUAUGGACCAGAUGGAAGUAACAACACCGGCGAGGGCCACCCGCCCAGCCAGCAGACAUUUCUGUUUGUAACGCCCUCCGAACCCCCGGGAGCCUCUUCUUCCCACAUCAACCUGCUGCAUAGCACCUGGGCCCGACAGGCAGUCCUUCAGCCUGACAUGACGUAUCACGAGUCCAUCCUGCCCCAUCCGGGCUCCACUUUGGUUCAGGUUCCUGUUCCUCAGGCCUCUAGUACGGUUCCUCUGGUGCCCUCCAGCUCUCAGCAGCCUCCAUCUGUCAGUCAGCAGUAUGGAGGUUACUACGUCCAAGCACUCCCUCCGCAGGCGGGUUCUCAGCAGGUGUCCAUGACUGCUACGUCUCAGCCUGCUGCCUCGUUGCCUCCCCAGCCUCACCCUGCCAGCACAGUCACGCAGAGCACCUCACAGACCCCAAUACAACCUGGGCCUCAGCAUAUGCAGACAUCCCAGAAUGUUCCUCAGCCAGAGCUGCUGGCUCCAGCAGUGCCCUCCUCCAUGGAGAGUGGUCACUCUGAUGUGGCGUCUGGAUUGAGUGAUGGUAACGAGGGGGCGUCGGUCACGGGAGGGCGGCACGAGGGUCGCUCUACCAAACGACACCAACGGAGAUCAGUGCGUAGCCGCUCUCGCCACGACAAGACGAGCAAAGCCAAGCUCAAUGUACUCAAUAUUUCCAACAUUGGUGACAGAGUAGCUGAGUGCCAGUUGGAAACUCACAACAGGAAAAUGGUGACAUUCAAAUUUGAUUUGGAUGGUGAUAACCCAGAGGAAAUUGCACAGAUCAUGGUGGAAAGUGAGUUUAUCCUGGAGAGUGAGAGAGAGUCUUUCAUCGACCAGAUUCGGGAGGUCAUCGAGACUGCUGAUGAGAAGCGUUUGGAGAGAGAAGGCAGCCAGAGUACCACUGACCAGGAACAACAGACACCUGUAACAUGUACACCAUUACAGCCAGGCCUACCCCCAAGUUCGGCAACCCAGGUGGUGCACUCUGCAGGUCGCCGCUUCAUUGUGAGUCCUGUGCCUGAGUCCAGGCUGAAGGAUCAGUUCUUUGGCACGGCUCAACCCACCGCUCCCCUCCGAGAGGAACCGCCACCAUCGGGGGCGACUGCUGUGGGUCUGUCUCAGUCUGCGUCAUCAGUGAGUCUGCAGCAGGCUUUCUCAGAGAUGAGACAAGGCCAAUACGACCCUGGACCCAGCACUGCGCCAGCUACUCUCCACACAUCAAUGCCUCCGUUACUGCCCCCUGUCACCAGUAUACCUUCUAGCGCAACCCCGGUCGCGUCUCCCCCUCUAGAGUCAGCUCCGCCUUCCUCCCUUCCGUCUGUGGAAAUCUCCCCUCCGGGGUCUGCGUCUCCUCCUCCUGCUGUCCAUCAAGUCUCUUCCUCCAUGCCUGCUCAGCAUCAGGUCCCUCCCACCAUACCUGUCAGCCAGCCCAGCCCCUCCGCAGCACCUAGUGCUGCAGCUUUGCCUUCUUCCACCUCUCCACCAGUUCUGGCUAGUUCUCCAGCUUUGACCUCUUUCCCUCCGUCCAGCGUCCAAGCAAUGCAACCACCAUCCAGCGUGUCAGUACCCAGUACUGCGGCCCCUCUGCCCCACCCUGCCUCACUCAUGAGCAGCAGUAGUACUAUGACCAGUAGUAGUUCAGAGGCUCUCCCCAUCCCCUCCACCACAGCUCAGCUUAUCCCGACUGUGCUGCCCACUACAGCUGUACAAACCCCCCAGUUAGCCCCCUGUCCAGUUCCUACAGCAGCGACUCUCCCAGUAUCAGCUGCUCAACCAUCCAGUCUGCCUGGUCUGCAGCCAGUCACCACCAACAUCCCUGUGGUGCAACCUACGCUGGUGCACAGUCAACCUCAGCCCAGUACAAUGCCAAACCAGUCGCACGCCCACUGUGUCGAGUGCGAAGGCGAUCCCCAGGCCAAAGCACCUGGCAUCGAUGAUAUCCAGGCCCUGGAUAAGAAACUGCGAUCUCUCUUCAUGGACCUGGGCACUGGCCCUCCCUCUGCCCAGGUCGAUACUAACGUAGACCCUGGAAAUGUCUCUGCUGUGGUACCUGGCACCUCCUCCCCAACUGGCUCCUCUACCACUUCCGCUGGCACCCCUUUGCCCCCGUCCAGUUUACCCCUGGGCACAGCAGGGCAGCCAGCUGGCACCCCCUUGACUACACCUGGCACAAGUGCUCCCACAGCCAGUUAUGGCCAGAACACACCUGUCAAAGCCCCUCUGUCAAGAGUACCGGUGUUGCCUCUUGGCUCAGAUCAGGCUGGUACUCCACCCACAGAGCAUCUACCACCCUUCCCAGGACCCUGUUUAACCCAGUCCCAGCAGCCUUUAGAGGAUCUGGAUGCUCAGCUGAGACGAGCUCUUAGCCCAGAGACUGUUCCGGUCAGCAGCGUCACACCUCAGGCCUCUCUCACAGCAAUGCCAACAGGAGGGCAGCCAGUGCCAUUUUCUCUGGAUGGAGAGCCAGCAGUCACACCAGCUGUUCCAGAGAUCAAACUGGGACGGUUCAAGGUGUCUGUGGCAACAGAUGACCCAUCUCUUGCUGCCCCCACCUCUAGCAGCUCCUCCUCCUCCUCCACAGCCUCUUCGUCAACAUCUUCAUCCUCCUCAUCCUCAUCCACUCUGUCCAGCCCUGAAAACACGCUGCACAAAUCCUCUCCUCUCCGGCCGUGUGGAGCUGAUGUAGUGGAUGGUCUCCCAUCUCUGCCCAAUCAAGCAACCGAACCCACCCAGCCCACUACCACCAUUGGCCGUUUUCAGGUCACCACCAGUGUUGACACCAAAGUAGGUCGUUUCUCGGUCAGUCGGGCCCAAGUGGAGGAGCCAGAGCCGUGUUCAGAUCAGGCUGAGGAGCAGUCUGCCAUGGGAAACGGACCCACGCUGAGCCCCGACGCUAAGAGCCUCAACAACUCUGUCAACUCCUACAUCAGCAGCGACAAUGACUCAGAGUUUGAAGAUGAGGACUUCAAGAGAGAGGUUACCAAGCUACGGGAGAAGCAUCUAAAAGAGAGCCAAGCCUUGUACAUUCGUCAGAAAGAAGAAAUCGAAGCUCUGUUUGCCCGCUUGGGCAAAGUGCCACCUGCCGUGGUCAACCCACCCAUGGUGACUCUGGCAGGGCGGAGAAGACGUCCCACCAAGAGCAAAAGUAGCAAGUCCAGCCGCUGCAGCUCCCAGAGCAGCAAAAGCCCCCUACAGCCUACAGGCAGCACUUUAUCAGCACAGAGCGCCCCUUCUGUCUGCCCUACACAGCAGAGCUUUCUGGUCCCUGGAGGGGUGACGGAAGCAGGGAGUAGCCCUCUGCUACAAUCCUUCAAACCUUCCCCCUCCAGUGAGAACCUGUGCUCCACCUACACCAGUGAUGCUGCACUGUCUGCCCCCAGCCUGUGUGCUCCCACGCAAGGCUGUGUAAAGUUCAGCUGUGGGUCGGAGAGAGUGAGCUUCAAACCAGGUGGCAGAAGGACCCGUUUUCUGAGGAAGAUGGUGAAAAAAGUGUGCCCGUGCAACCAGCUCUGUAGGACGGGCAGUACCAACACAGUGAGCGGAACCGGUCAGGGACAGGGCCAGAAUCAGAACCAGCCGCCCAGCAUGUUGCCCCAGAGCCGCAAGGGCACUUUCACGGACGACCUGCACAAACUGGUGGACAACUGGGCCCGGGAUGCGAUGAACCUUUCCCAGGGCAAGAGAGGCUCGAAACACCAACAGCAGCCCUCUCAGGGACACAGCUAUGAUAUGAUCCCUCCUGCCAACAUGGGCCGUAAGUUCUCUGCACCAGGUCAGCUGUGUCCCAGCAUUGCAUCCUCCUUAAGUGGCCAUGCGCCCAUGCCCAACACCCCCGCUACCUCUCUAGGGGCCCGUAAGGGGUCCCUUUGCCCCGCUCCACAGUACGGCUACCCCUCUGUACCUUACAGCGCCCAAUGGGCUGGCUCAAUCCCUCACUCCCAGGCUGGCCUGAUGGCCACGUCACAACCUUUGGGCCAGUUCCCCCAGGUCCCCCCGACCCCACUUCAAGCCUUCCACAUCAGCACUUUGCAGAAAUCCGUAAGCAACCCUGGAGGACCCAACCUGAGAACCACAUAGGGCUGGGCUUGGCCACGCCAUGUCUGAGAGAGAUAGAGAGAGUGAGUGAGAGAGAGAGAGAGAGAGAGAGAGAGAGACUGAGACAGACAUGCAGGCAAUGGCGUGGGCAUGGGAUGUUGUGUGCUUCUUGCGUUGCAGCACCGCCACCAAUAGUGGGAGUGAAAUGAGCUGGCUUGCGAAAGUGUUUAUUUUUCCAUUUUGUUUUUGUAUUUGUCCGUUUUGUGGGGUUAGAAAGAGUGAGAGUUAGAGAGAGCGAACGAGAGAUUGGAAGAAGAAGACAGAGCACAGCCAGCGAAUGAAUCAAAGGUUUAACGUGACUUUGGGGCCGUACGCUCACUGCCCCUUUCCACAAGACCGUGGACAGCAGCAUGGACACUUCUUCAUGAAGCUCUGCUUAUGGGGCACUGUGAAGACGAAGGUGGGGCGAUGCAAGUUAUAUAUAUAAAAAAAAAACAAAAAAACUAACGGACACAAGAGUGCAAUGUUCAGUGGCCAAAGAAGGUUGUGAAAGACUUUUCUAGUUUAAAAUCCUUUAACAGUUUGUGGUGAUGGGUUUGUUAACUCACUGACUGGCCCAGACAUUUACUCCAGAGUGAUGAGGACCAGGGGUCAUCUUAGUGUCUGGUUGACGAGGGGUGGAAACGAAGCCUGACCUUCUCCACCUGUGUCUCCACCUUUCAUCCACUUUGUUAUAGUUGGACCUCAAGCCCUGAUCUCUUGUAUUAUGAGAGUGAAUCUGACCUUAGUGGCUUGUCUGGAUAUUGAUGAUUGGAUGUUCGAGGAGAGGUGGAGGUAAGAAGGUUGGAGCUUUGCUCUGCGGGUGAAGGCAGAUGUUUUGUCUCCAUCACCCUCGCCCAUC